CCUUCCCUCCUCUAUUUAAACUGUGGCCAUGCGAACGCUCCCUGAAUAACGUAUCCCGAAUUCUUUUGCAACUUUUAUCCGUUUCAUUCGUCACCGGUCCCAAGUAGAAGAAGAAGAAGAACCGAAUCCUUUCCAAAUACCAUGUCUUUAACUGUCAAGUGUAAUCCCUAUCUCAGUAUCCAUGCUAUUCUCGGCUAUCCCUCCAAACGCCCGAAUAAAACUCCUUCGCCUUCGCGCCCAUUCGAAGAAAUCCUAAUCCUCCGCCUCCGAUCUCUCCUCCCGAUCCCCAAGCCUCCGCCGUCCAUUUCCUUUCACUGGCUCUCCCGUGCCGUCGAUCUCCUCGCCCUCACCCUCGCCGACGCCGCUGCCCUCUUCUCCGACCCCGCCCUAUCCGGCGCCGACCCCGCCGGCCUCGCCUCCCACCUCGACGCCAGCGUCUCCCUCCUCGACGCCUGCAACGCUGCCUCCGCCGAGAUCGAGCGUCUCCGCCGCGGCCGCCUCCGUCUUCGCUUCUCCCUCCACCUCCUCGCUGGCGACGGCCAUGGCCUGCCACCUUCUCCUGACCGCGUCCGGCGCGCCCGCAAGGCGAUCGAGGAGUGGGAGACGCUUCCGAGGCGCGUGAUCCGAGGACACGCCGGUAAUCUGAUCCGGCGGCUGGCGCCGGGGGAGCCUCCGCGAGGCAAGUUCUCCGCCGUACGGAGGGCGUUGUACGCCGUGGAGGGGGUUGCGGGCCUGGUGAUGGCGGCCAUCGUGGCGGUGCUCAGCGGCGGGGAGCAGGGGGCUCUGACCGGAGUCAGAAUUUCCGACGAGUUUCCGUGGGGGGAGGCGUUUGACGAGGUGAGGGCGGCAGUUUCCGGCCAUCUCGGGGCGGGGUUCUCCGGCGAGGUGGAGGCGGUGGAGGCGGCGGUGAGGGCGGUGGUGGGCGUCAUCGACGGGGAAGGUGACGAAGAGAAGCCGGCGAGAUUAGGGAGCGCUGUUGUCGAGCUCGAGAAAGCGACGGAGGAGUUAACGUAUGGACUCGAUCGGUUGUCGGACGCAGUCAAUGCGUUGUUCCGUGCGGCUAUGAAUUCGAGGGAUGCCGCGUUGCAUUGUUUGCGGAUUUUGGUCCCAAGAAGUGUAAACAGAUGAAGAAAGAAUGCACCCUGUGUUAGCUGGAUUGCGUGUCAAAGUGUGCCUGCUUUUUUUUUUUUUUUUUUGGGACAAAUAAGUUUGUGGAUGCUGCUUGUUUGUGAAAGAAGGUUGUCUUAUUUGACAAAAAAA